AUGCUGGAAUUCAACAAUGAUAUUGAUAGAGCUUUAGAUUUGUUGUACCAAUAUUCUCCUAAGUUCAAGAAAUCCAUUGAAUUAAUACAAAAAUUAUCUCAACAAUUAAAACUCGAUACUUUUAUAGAUACUGAUGCAUAUUCUCAUAUUCUUGAUCAACCAUUAAAAGACGAAAAUGAUAACAUUAUCAAAUUCCAAAGAUUAUCAAUAGCAGGAUCAAUUAUUUUGAUAGAUAUAGAUUUUCUUGAAUCCACUAUUUAUAGAGUAUCAUUCUCCCUGGCAAGUCAAUUAGAUUCUAGUGAACCUAUUAAAGAUACCUUGGAAGUACUACCCAAAAUUGAAAUGAUUGAAGAUACAAAAUUCAUAAAUAUAGAUUUCAACUCCAAAUCCAUCAACUCAUUGUUAAAUAGUGCUAAACUUGAAAGCAUAUUAUUGAAAAAUCUCGGUCAAUCAAGAUUAAAUAAUUUCCCAAAGAACUUAAGGUAUUUAGCUAAUUUAGAUAGAUUAUCAACUACUGCUACGGAUUUAUUCAGUUAUAAUGAUCACAUUGGAUUGAUUUUGAAUAGUUUAUAUCAAAUUGAAGUAGAAAACAAUAAUAAUUGGUUAUUCAAACAAGGAUUAUUGAAUACUGUGGGUAAAGUAUUAUUCAAUAAUAAUGAUGAAAUCGGGAUUUUUAUUGAAUAUUGGCAAGACUUUAAGUAUAUCAAUCAUGAAUACUUGAAUGAAGAUCCAGUAAAAUUGAAUCAAGAUCAAUUAUUGUUAGGGAAGAAAUAUAAUGUGUUAUUAGAUGUGAAUGUUGAUCAUUUUACCCAGUCGAUCGAUUAUAUUGGAGAAACUAGAGAUGAAAUUUGGCAAUUAAAUGAUGGAAAAUAUCAAUUCAACUUCACUGAUGAAUCAUAUUUGGUUCCUAAUAAAAUAAGUUCAAGUAAAGAAGAAACCGAAAAUAUCAAAUUUCAACCAAGAUGGAAUUUAUAUCUCAAUUUGAAUUAUCCUAUAUAUUUACCUAUCAAUGUUUUAGAAUUCAUUGGUAUAAAUCAUUUUGAAGAAGCCAAGUUACCAGAAUAUGAGUUCUUUGAAAAGUUAAACACAGAAAAAGAAUUAUACUUAGUCAAUGAUAAAGAUGAAAAGAUAUCUAUAAAGAGUGAAAUUCAUUCAAAAUUCAUUCCAAUUUCGAGGAUAAGCAUCAAAAAACUAGUCGAUAUACCUUCAUUCUUGAAGAUAUUCAGAAAUCAAUUGGUCCUUACCAACAUCUUACAUCACGUUAUUUUACAAUGUAAACAACGUGAAGUAAAUGCCAAUAAUGAGAUCAAGAGUAAUUUAACCAAGACACUAGAAUUAGCCAAUUCUGAUGAAUUGAACUUGAAGUCCUUGAAUGUUGAUGAUGAUAUUUUAUUAGAUGAUUUUAUGAAUGAUUCUAAUUUCAUCGUCAAUGAAGAAGAAGAGGAUCUUGUUAUAAAAAUCAAUGAUAUCUCGUAUAAAGAUCAUGAUAUAAUGGUGUCAAUUAGUGGUAAAAAUUCCGUCAAUUUCAAGAUUUCUAAUGGAGAAUUCAAAUUAUUGGAUGAUACCAUUGAUGAAAAGCAACAUGAUUUUAUCAAACUUUUGAAUUAUAGUGAAGAUAUCUUCAAAAGUUGGAACUUUUACUAUUGA